UUUUCUGCUCAUCACUGGUCGAUCACUGGUCUUGCCUGUUCUUGAUACUGUACCGUCCGAUCCGCGCUGUUGCUGCGUUUGCCGCCUCCUGCGUCAGCGGGUUUCCGCUUUUCCGCAUAGGCAGCGUCGGAGUGCAGCCUCGAUGCACGGAGAGCGCCACGCCGCUCGCAUGAGAGCUCGGCUUCAGAGCUGACCUGGUGGACGAUGCAAUGUUAGCUCCCCGCGAUUUCGGUACUCUCUAGGUUAGCUGGAUUGCUUUUCGAGUAGGAGCUAACUGCAGCAUAGUAACGAGAAUUUUAGUCGCUUAGUAUUCGCUUCCGUUAUCGACCGUGCUCUUUCCCCCGCCGUACUAAAGCCGUGCUAAUGGCGUGUCUGUAAUAUUCUAAGGACGAGGUCAUUAGUCUAGCGACGUGACGUAAUUUUCGAAGCCCGCGGUGAUCGGCUAAGCCGGCCAUUAACCACAAUACCUCUACCAAUAAGCGGGCCGCUCGUUACGAGUCUUCCAGUAAGAAACGCCUUGCCACGCCAUCGCCAGACUGAAUAGUCUCAAGCCAGUAAUAGCUCGACCUGUCAGCCCCGUGGCUUCUGACCUGCCGACUGAUGAACUAGCAUCCUGCGAGUGUCGAAAGCUCGAAUUAGUAAGCCUUUCCGGUGUUAGUACUUAGUAUUGACCUUUAUCCUCUUGUAUUUUGAGUCGACUCAAAAUACACCUUUCCGGUGUUAGUAUUGACCAUAAUCCUCUACCGUACUGCGUGUCGACUUGGUGACUGCGUGAGCCGAUCAGGGAGAGCGGCGAGGCGCCAUGGGGUUUUAUCCCAGCAUCAUCUUCGGGUUCGUGACGGGGAUCGUCGUUCUAGCGGGGAUCAAAUACAUUCAGAAAAGGCGACAGGCGCAGCGCGUUCGUAAGAUGGUGGACCUGGCGAUGCUGUCGUGCGUGAACAAGGAGGACCUGCGAAAGCUCAUACCCAAGGAGCUCUACCCCUCCUGGGUGCAGUUCCCGGAGUUCGAGCGGGUCGAGUGGAUCAACUACUUUCUCAGGGAAGUCUGGCCCAAGCUCAAAGAGGCCAUCUCAGGCGCGGUGAUGGUGCAGGUGGAGCCCAUUCUGGACAGCUACCGCCCCGCCAUGAUCUCCUCGCUCAAGCUCACCAAGUUCAACCUCGGCCACUUCGCCCCGCAGCUCGGAGGAAUCGACGUGGUGGAGACGAAGGCGGACGAGGUGGUGCUGCACGUGGACUUCAACUGGGUGGGCGACCCCUCCAUCAUCCUCUCCAUCAAGACGCUCGUGGGGGUGGCGCUGCAAGUGCAGACGCUCGUGGGGGUGGCGCUGCAAGUGCAGGUGAAGAACCUUCAGAUCUGGGGAGUGUUUCGAGUGGCCCUCACACCGCUCAUCACCAGCAUCCCCUGCUUUGGCUCCGUCGUCUUUGCUCUCACCACCAAGCCCGAGAUCAAUUUCACUCUCAAGGUGGCGGGGGGGGACAUGACAGCCGUGCCUGGCCUGGGAGAUGCCCUGGACGAUCUGAUUCGCACAGCCAUCACGGAUUCGCUGGUGUGGCCUGUGCGCCACGUCAUCCCCAUUGUGCCCGGCAACUAUGACUACCUGCAGAUGCGCACAGUGGGCGUGCUAGAGGUGAAGCUGGUGGAGGGGCGGGAUCUGCGCAACCUGGCGCUGCUAGGGACCAUCGACCCCUACGCCACGCUCUUCGUGCGCCCCAUCCCCUCGCGCACGCGCCGCAGCAGAACCAUCCCCAACUCGGUGAACCCGCUGUGGAACCACUCGUUUGAGUUCAAGGUGGAGGACCACGAGACACAGAGACUCGUCAUCAAGGUGUGGGACGACCAGGAGCUGACGGCAUCGCAGCCGGUGGGUGAGGCAGCCAUAUCGCUGGUGGACCUGCCGGUGCUCAAGCUGGCGGACCGCUGGGUGCCGCUCGUCAAAGACGCCGACGACCCCAAGGCCGACACCCGUCCCAGAGGCUCGAUCCACCUGGAGCUGCUGUACCGCCCGGUGGACGAAAACGGGGUGCUGCUGGCCCCGGCCUACUUCACCCCGCCGGCGCCCAAGACGCUGCAGGAGGCAGCGGCAGCAGCCAACGCGGCGGAGGCACGGAAGACCCGGCAGUCAGGGGUGGGGUUCCUGAGCCCCAUCAAGGCGCAGCAGCAGGAGGACGGCGAGGGCGGCGAGGGGGACGUGCCGUCCAUGGCUCUGGGCGGCGAGCAGGGGGGGUUGGCGGGGGAUGAGAGCGAUCAGAAGUACAUGAGGGGCGUGCUGCAGGUGGUGCUGGUGUCGGGGCGGGAGCUGGUGGCGUGCGACAUGAAUGGGCUCAGUGACCCGUUUGCCGUGCUGGAGCUGCAGCUGGGUGGGCAGAGGCGCAAGUCGAGGGUGGUGAAGAAGACGCUGGAGCCGGAGUGGAACGAGAGCUUUGAGUUCCUCGUGGAGGACGGCAAACACGACAUGCUCGUGCUCGCGCUCUACGACCACGACCUGCUCGGCAAGAAGGAUAACAUGGGUCGGUUGGGGGUGAGUCUGACGAGAGUAAUGAUGGAGGGUCAUAUCGAGAGUGAGUUCCAACUCUUGGAUGCCCCUCAUGGAUGGAUAAAGCUGAAGCUAACAUGGAAGCCUGUGCCAUAGACUCUAGUGAAGUUUGCUCUUUUACUGGAUGGUGUGGUGCAUGGAGCUAAAAUUCAAUUGUAUUAACAAGUUCAGUUAACUCUUACGGUACUAGGAAUAUAAGCAGUGACCAUUG